AUGGGUUUUGUAGAAGAAGAACAGCCACCAGGGGAUAUAUUUUCGGAAGAUAGUGAUACAUCAGAUGGUUUAAAUGAUGUUGAAUGCGACGAAAUCAAUGAAGAUCUGCACACACUCAAUAUUCAUCAGAUAGUCGAAGCAGCAUCACAUAAAGUGCCUUUGUGCAUAAAUGGUGUGUCUGUUAAUUUCGAAGUGGAUACUGGUGCGUGUAAAACUGUAAUGUCAUCAGAACAGUUUCAUAAAAUUUUGGGAUAUCCCUUAAAUCCUGUUCUCUAUAAGUUAAGAGCAGUUUCAGGUAGGAAAUCAAGGCUCGUGCUUCUGGACCAUCUUAGAGAGGAGCGAACUAAUGUUUUGGAUGAACCAGUUCCUUCAACAUCACAACCCAGAACAUGGAGUACUGGGUCUGAUCGCCAAGUUGUGAAAAAACAAUUUCAUGACCUUAAAUUCAAUAAACCUGAUCCAAAGAAACCUAAUAAAAGAACUGCAGCACUUCAGGAAUGUAGGACAACGUUUAAUAGGCAACAUCUAGAAAAUAACCUCUCACCUUUUAUUAUCAAACAGUUCUCAGAAUCAUUAGAGAAGAAUAAUUUAACCAUGUUUAGUGAAGUACUUGCAAGUCAUAAUUAUGAACCCAUAUCCAUAAAGCUUCCAAAUAAUCAAUCAAAUAAAAACGAGUGUGACAAUUUAAAGAGACCAGAAGAAUUGCCUCUGCCACUAAAAAUUAAUUGGAUAUGGUGCCAAGAGUAUCUAAAAGUAAUUUUUCGUGACUCUUUACCAAAUAUAGAUUUUAUUAAUAAUGUGAGUCUGUCUUUGGAUGACUGCAGAUUUUUAGAAGCUGAGACAAGAAACCAAAGUUCUUCCAGCAGAUGGCAUUUAGAAAGAAAAAAACGCAUCUCGGCUUCUAAAUUUGGUGCUAUAAUUGAAAGGACUAUUCCAGUUACAAUUCAACUGAUUAGCAGAAUUUGGCCAAAAGGCACAGGGUUUAAAAGUGCAAUGAUGCAGCAGGGUCUUAUCAAUGAAACUGCAGCAGUGUCGAAAUAUAAAGAUUUAUACCCAAAUGUCGAUGUGUUCACAUGUGGCCUGUGCGUCAAUCCUGGAAUUCCUUUUUUAGCAGCAUCACCUAAUAGCCUUCUUUAUAAUCCUGACGAAAAAACUAUGAAUCUGCUUGAAAUUAAGACUUUGGUUAAAAGUGGACUCUUAGAAAACCAAAAGGUUCUAGAAGAUUUUUCUAAAGGCUCGGUUCCAUAUCUAGAACUGAUGAAUGGAAAUCUACAGCUAAGAAGGAACCAUGAUUUCUCUUUCAGGUAA